CGAUCAUGUGACCUUGGCACCAAAUACAAAAUGGAGAAUAAAGUGUCAACGGCUUGGCAGUAAAGUUUGUUUGACCGCUUUUAAAACUGCCUUAUGCCAAUUUUUAUUUAUUUUUAUAUAUUAAAUAUAAUUUCAAAACAAUAUCGAAAAUACUGCCAAUGUUAAAUAAAAAUGGAAUUCUCCGAUGACAGUGACAUUGAUUCAACAGUGACACCAAUCCAACCACAAGACGAUGUAGGGCAUGGCCUUGUAUUGAGUUCAGACUCCGACGUUCAACUUCAUAUGGCUUCGCAAACGAAACCAAAGCAGCGUAAGCCUAACCGGUCACAUCACAGGUCAGAUAAUGGUAGAGAAAAGUCUUCUGCUGACACUGGAGGUCAAAGGUCUCAAGCCCGAAGAGCCCACCAAUAUUUGUACAGUCAUGAUCAACCUGACCUGGAUAAAGGACAUUUGAAAGAAAUCUACAAAGAACUUGAAGUUAUCAGUGAGAAAUUAAAAGAAGAGAACCGAAUUCUGCAUGAGCGUGAAACAAGCCUAAAGGAACGUGAGAGGAUGCUGUCAAUCUCACAGGAAAAUCUGAAAACUGUUGCUGAAUUGGAAGUGAAACAGAGGGUGGCCAUUAUUGAGGAGAAUUACAAAACAGAGCUGGCAAGACUUGAGGCUUCAUUAAAGGAGAAAUCACGAGAAAACAAGAGACUUAAAGACAACUUUGAAACCCUAAAGAUGGCUAAUGAUGCUCAGAAAAAAGAGCUUGAGUCCUUGAAGCAGCAGCAUGAAAAAUUAGAGAAACAGUCCCUUAGUGUUCAAGCAAGACUCACCAACUUACAGAGAAAACAGGACUUUGAGCAGCGACAGAGGGAGGCAGAUCUAUCAGUGGCACAGCCAGUGGCUGUUCCAAAAACAAAACCCACCUCUGAGAAUCCAGCAGAUGAAAAAGAAAGGCCUAAGUCAACAAAAUCUCAAAAAAUUCCCACGACAACAUAUGAGGUGCUGUCAACGCUCCUUGACUGGGUAUCAGACUCCCAGCUCCGGUACACUACCAUUGACACAUUGCUAAAACCAGUCGACCUGGCAACCAACAGAGAGUUCCUGCAGGAAAAAGUUAUUAAGAUCCUGCCAGCGCUUGUUGAGAUGUUGCGUGAGUUCCCAGGCCACAACCUUAAGCUGUGCUUGCCCUGCCUGCAGUUCACAUACUGGUCCCUGGUCCAUGUGGAGCAGGCACAGGGCCAACAGCAGCAGAAGUCCAACCUUUCCUCCACAUUCCGUCGCCUGGGGGAGGAGCUGUACCGCUCUAAAACUGUCCGGUUCUACGACACGGACCCCUACACUAUAUCUGACGCCACCACCUCACCUGUUAAAACUGAUAAGAACCGCGAAGGCAUUUACUUCCGAAGUUCCAACCAGCAUGUCAGACUGAUUUCUUCACUGAUUAUUCUACGCACUCUGUCUCAAGUGGAUCUGCUGGCCCAUGUGUUUGACGUACUCAAGGCUGAUCUGAAGUCGGACGUGGCCAAGGAACUUUUCCUCUACUACCAGGGCACAACUGUCGUCUUGCAGUUUCUAAAACCUGUGAACAAGCCCUUCAUGAGCCCAGCAAUGGACAUUUUCCUGCAGAUGUCAACGGACUCGCCAUUCCUGCCUCCCUUCUUGGAGAGCUGCAGCAACGAGACGUGGUUCCGUACGGUUGCCAUGGUGCUGCGCGCCCCCAGACCGGACACCAAGCUCCUGGAGAGACUGAGCAUAGUGCUGCAGAAGCUCUCCAAAAGCAGGGCAAACAAGCGAUUUUUCGAGGUAUACACAAUAACAGGCAUCAUCCAAGAGCUGCUGAGGACAUGUUCCAACGACCAGGCAUUUCUGGCACUGAAUCUGAAAUCCAUCCUGUACAAUCUCAACUCUGCAUCAUAGUUGUCUGUCACUGUCAAUAUGUGUAUGUUCAAUAAGAGCAGUCAAUGACAGUAUUGCAUAAUGUUCAGGACAUGUUUAUACACAGGGUGAAUCUCGCCCAAACUUUCACAGUGAAUGACCAUAAUGUGUAGAUGACCGUAAGAAAAGAACUUAGGCUGGGACAAGUUUUGGCAGAAUUAUGACCAUUUUUCCUUCUUUUUUUCCCACUUUAGAAUAUAUAGUCCCUUUACAUUUAUGUCUUCUGGUUGGAUCUUGUUAAAACUUUUACAGUUGAUCAAACUUUCCCUAAUGAAUGACCUUCAUGAGUAGAUGAUCUUUAAGAAAGGAAAGUAAGCAAAACGAGUUUUGACAGAAUUAUGGUCCUUUUUUUCCCAAUAUGGAGUAUAUAGUCUAAACAUGUGUUUUCAACUACUCUUUAAUGUGUAGAUGAUCUUGAAGCAAUGCAUUUUGGUUGCAACGAGUUUUUGUGGAAUUAUGUCUUAUUUUUCACUAAAAGAACUUAAGAAUUUUCAAAAGAAUUAUGGCCCUUUGUCUUUUUGUCCACUGUAGAAUAUAUACUGGAUUUAUCUGUGUCCAAACAUGUGUUGUAGGGAUAUCAAUGUCUGUGACACGCUCUAGUUAAUUAAAUUGUUUAACAAAAUACCUCUCUUACCGUCACUAGUAUGAGUGAUUAAUAUAUUUUACUAUCGUAUAUUUAUUUCAACAUUGAAUGGUUGAUAACAACAGAUAUGUAAACCUUUUACAAGCUGGAUUAUUUUAACACCAUUAAUAUCACAGAUGGAGAGUUUUAAGUGGAACAACUCAUGUACUAUUAUAGAAUAAUUAUGUGCAUUGAUAUUUGUUUGGCUAAAUUUACAGAUUGUGCUUCUUAACCUGUUAUAACCUGAAGUCAUGUUUACGAUUUUGCUAGCAAUGCAUUAAACUCUUAUAAGCAUAGAACAUGAACAAACUGAA